AUGGUCACCGAUACCGAGAAUGCCCGUGAAACAACGUAUAUAUCGAAGACCGAGGCGCCUAUCACCUGGAAAGCAUAUGUUGUUUGUGUGUCAGCUGCCUUUGGCGGAGUGUUCUUUGGAUAUGAUAUCGGGUGGAUGUCAGGGGUGCUGGGAACCCCGAUUGUGAUCCAGCAAUAUACUGGUAUGGAGCAUGACUUCAAUGCCGGAGCCCCUGUUGAUUCGUCCCGUCCACUUACCAUCCCUUCUUCUGACACGUCCCUCUUGACUUCGAUGCUGUCACUUGGAACGUUCAUUGGGUCUCUUAUUCCCGGUGAUCUGGCUGAUCUAUGGGGCCGGUGCAUCACUAUCCUUAUGGGAUGCGCCAUCUUUGCCUGUGGCGUUAUCGUGGAAAUCGCCAGCAGUGACCAGAUAGGUGUCAUCACGGUCGGAUGUCUGGUAGCCGGUCUGUGUGUUGGUUUCGAAUCCGCUGUCAUCAUCCUUUACAUGUCCGAGGCUUCACCCAAGAUGAGAAGGGGUACACUUCUCUCGGCCUACCACACAAUCGGCAUGUUGCUAGCAAACUGUGUUGUUUACGCCAGCCAGGAUACAAAUGAUACCGACUCCUACCGUAUUCCCAUCGGGGUUCAGUUUCUCUGGGCUUGCGUACUCGCCACCGCACUGUUUCUUUUGCCCGAGUCACCCCGAUAUUUCGUGAAGAAAAGAAGACACGACCACGCCGCCACAUCUCUAUCCUUCAUCCGAGAACAGCCUAUCGCCUCGGGGUACAUCCAGAAUGACCUUGCCGAAAUCGUGUCCAAUCACCAGUAUGAGACAACGGUUAAUCCUGAAAAAGGGCGGUUCAGCUCCUGGGCGAUCUGCUUCAAGGGCCCAAUCAGCAAACCCAGCUCGCUGACUACCACACUUGUCAAUGUUGUAUGCACCGCCCUCGCAUUCUGGACAAUCGAGCGGUUUGGACGUCGCCCGUUGCUGAUCUACGGCGGGUUAUGCAUGUUCUUGAUGAAGUACAUCAUCGGGGCCGUCAGGACUGCUCAGCCCGAGAACGAAACAGCAAUCAAGGGUGUGAUUGCUGUUACAUCCUUCCAGAUCUUAUUCUACUCCACAACCUGUGGCCCCGCAGCGUGGGUGGUUGUGGGAGAGACGUUCUCGCUCCCCAUCCGCUCCCGUGGAAACCGUGUGCUAGCUGUUAUCGCGCCUUAUAUGACGGGCAAUGAAAAAGAGGCGGUCAGCCUCGGUACGAAAGCGUUCUUUUUCUGGGGUGGACUAAGUCUACUAGGCGCGCUGUUUGCAUGCUUCCUUAUGAAUCGUAUGCUUGAGGAGAACAGCCUAAGGAAAAGUGCUCGCUGGAUCCCUAAGGCAAGAUUCGCUCAAGAGAAUAGUGUUGACGACAAGCCUCAAAUCAUUCACCACAAGGGCGAUGGAGGUCGUGGCGUUUAG